AUGUCUCUAUAUGGAUGCGAUGGAUGUGCAGAGCCGAUCCGCCCCGACAAGGCUCGCAUCCAGUGUCACAUAUGUACGGACUACAAUCUCUGCGCCAACUGUUUCGUCAUCCAAAACGUAACCCGCACACACGUUAGCAGCCAUCCCACCAUGAUAUACAAAACCUCGGGGACCAGCACAUCGGGGGUACCCCCUCCCGUCCCUCCCCGUCCGGUACCACUCCUCCCUCCUCGCAAAAACACCAUGACCAGCAGCAGUACGCCGCCGAAAAAAGUCGAGCUUCCGACUGCCAACUGGGGCGCCCUGUGGGAUAUCGUGAAACCGAAAACCAAAUCUGCGAAAGCCACGUCGUCCUCGCAACGGGGCCCGGGGUCCGGUUCGGGAGAUCUCAUUUCCAUUUCUCCGCCUCCUCCUCCGAUGACUACUGAGGAGGUAUAUGGUAAUAGUAACAGUAACAGUAAUAACCCUGUGAGUUUCUCGCCCAUAACCAAACUACGACCGGAUUUACCCCCGCGACCGGGCAAGAUAGAUCUCGAGGCGUUCACCAAUCCAUAUGCGUCGAUAGCGCCUCCGAUGCCUUUGGAAUGGAGUCCCUUUUUCCAGGCGGACGGAACGCACAAUGCGAUAUUUAACGAUUUGAUGACGACGAUUUUCUUGCAUCUGGAUGUGGAAAAUACGGACGAGUUGAGUCCGGAGGUGUAUUCGGCAUUUUUGGAUAUGCAGGGGGUGAAGAUGGAGGAUAAUAUAUGGCAAAAAACAUUGUUCAUCGAAGGCGGGAUUCAAAAUCAGGAAAUCGCGGAUCUGGAAUUGGGGAUUUUCUUCAAAAAUCAUGAGAUUGCGCAUACGCUCUCCACACGACACUCGUCGAAUCUCCCGCCGCCAAGCCCGUCGCCCACGGCUGGAGAACGCAUUCGGAGAUCGAUUAGUUUGGGGGCCAAUAUGCCGAUGUUGAGUAAACAGGGGUUUAUUGAUGUGAUGGGGAUGGAGUUGGUAGGGGAUCCGGAGGAGGGAUGGAGGAGGUUGAGGGGGGUGGUGCAGGAUUAUGGGGUUUGGAGGGGGUUGGGGGACGUGCCGAGAGAGUGUUUUUUGGAGGGUCCGGUGGAGGGGGGUGGGAUGGGGAGCCGUGGGAUGGGUAUGGGGAUGGGCAUGGGGAUGGGGAAGAGGAGAAGUUUAUUGGAGAUGAGUGAGGAGAAGGAGGAGGUGGAGAGGAGGAUUAUGGAGGGUAUGUUUAGGGGGGCGGGAGCAGGGGAGAAGGUGGAAGGUGGGGAUGCGAAUGCGGAUGAGGAUUUGGAGGUCAAGGAGGAAAUGGAGAUGGAAAUAGAAAUGCUGGGGAAUAUGCCCGCACCAGAGAGUUUCGCAUUUGACACUACAGACGACGAGGAUAAAUUGGAGGAUCAAAAUCAUACUCAAUCUCAACCUCAACCUCGAAAUCAAACUCAACCUCAAACUCAAACUCAUAUAAAAGAGGUUGAUUUGAUACAAGAAGAUGAGGAUGAGGAUGAAGAUGAGUAUGAGUAUGAUAUGCAAACGAAACAUAUCAUGCCGGUACCGGUACGAGUAGUAGUUGAAGCAGUUAGCGAUGGUGAUGGUGAUGGAGAUGGAGAUGGUCAUGUAAUUAAGGAGGUAAAGUAA